AUGUUUUUCAAGGAGUUCCGGUCGGAGGCCGAGGUAACUAAGUUGAGGAGCGAAUUCCUCACUGAUUGUCAAGGCAACAUGAGCUUAAAUGAAUUCCGAGCUCAAUUCUUGGACAAAGCACAAUUUUGUCCGGAAUUUCUUGAGAAUGAUCAAUUGCUCAAAGAGCAAUUUUACUUGAAGUUAAAUAAGAAUCUCCGUGAGAAGAUUAGCUUACGUCAAAUGGAGCCUUUCUUCAUGUUGGCGGAUGUGGCUCGGGAUCAUGAAAUUGAGUUGUCGAGGGUAGAUGAUAGUGAUUUAAAAAGGAAGCAAGAGGACACCAACUCCCCGAAUAAACGGUUCAGACAAGAGAGUAGUUCCGGUAACAACUCCCAUAGAAGAAACAUCCCCUUUUGCCGUCAAUGCAAGAAGAAUCAUUCGGGGGUAUGUAGGGCGGUGGAGAAGGGUUGUUAUACUUGUGGGAAGCCGGGGCACACUAGCCGGGAGUGUAAGUCCAAGCCUCAAGAACCUAUCAUAUGUUUUAAAUGUUUCGAGGAGGGCCACAUGAGAAGUUUAUGCCCAAAGUUGACGGAGGAGGAGAGGCUUGAAGAAAGAAAGAGGCAGGCGGAGAGGAAGAACGCCCAAGCACUUGGAAAUCAACGAGGAAGGUCCUUUCAACUCACUGUGGAGCAGGCAAGGAACACCGAUGAUGUUGUUAUAGGUACAUUUUUUGUGUAUAAUGUGCCUAUGCGAAUUCUCUUUGAUUCGGGGGCGAAUAGAUCAUUUGUUGCAACUAGGGUAAUUCAUGUUAUUCUCGUGUCUAAGUCAUGUCUAGAAAAUACUUUGCAAGUGGAGGUUGGUAAUGGUAGGAUGUAA